CGAGAAGAAAAUGUGAUCCAUUCCCCUGAUCCGGUCUUCACCCCCGCACUCCUCCCAGCCCCCGGCGCCGCGGCGACACCCUCUCCGGUCACGGCCAGACUCGUCAGCCGCGUACGAGGCGUUCGCCGGCGGGCAGGCCCACCGCUCCUGCCUCCUGCGUUCCCUUCCUCGUCAACGGAGGUGCGCUACUCCUCCCGCGCUUUCCGCUCGGGCGCCGGGGCCUCCUAUUCGUCGCCUCUGCUGAGCGCGUUCCACAUUGAUUGCAACCCGCGGCGGCGGCGCUGGUUGCUGCACGCGCGCGCGUGCCGAGCGUCGCAGGUGACGCCAGUCGAUCGCGGUGUGCCUCUUCAGCGGACGCACGCACAUCCCGCGUCGAGCUCGGCUGGAAUCGGCCAGCAAUGCCGGCCGCCCGCCUGUCCUCCAUCCCCACCUCCUCCUUCAGGGCUUCUUCACGAGCCCCCCUCGCCGCCUUGGCUGUCGCCACGGAACGCGUUCGCGCUGGAACGCUAAGCCGGGAGGACGCGCACCACCUGUUCGACGAAUUGCUUGGCCAAGCCGCCGCUGUCCCGGAACGCGGGCUCAACAACUUUCUUGCCGCACUCGCCCGUGCUCCACCCUCAGCUGCCUGCCGCGAUGGCCCCGGCCUUGCCAUCGCCCUCUUCAACCGCAUGUCCCGAGGCACUGGUGCACGGGUGGUGUCGCCCACGCUCUGUACCUAUUCCAUCCUCAUGGACUGCUGCUGCCGUGCAGGCCGCCCGGACUUGGUGGUUGCCUUCUUCGGCCGCCUCCUCAGGUUGGGGCUGCGCUUGGACGUCAUCUCCUUAAGCAAUCUCCUCAAGGGGCUUUGCCAGGCUAAGCGCUCAAAUGAGGCAUUGGAUCUGCUGCUCCACCGGAUGCCCGAACUACACUGUGCGCCUGGUGUCUUCUCGUACAACAUAGUAAUCAACGGCUGCUUGAAAGAAGGUGAAGUAGACAAAGCGUGCAAUCUCUUCCAUGAGAUGCCCCAACUGGGAGUUCAACCUGAUGUGGUGACCUACACCUCAAUCAUGGACGCACUAAGCAAGUCUGGAGCAAUGGACAAGGCAGAAGUGCUCCUUCGGCAAAUGGUUGAUCAAGGAAUUGAACCCAAUAUUAGGACAUAUAGCUGUCUGAUCCAUGGAUAUUCUACUUUUGGUCAGUGGAAGGAGGCACUUAGGGUAUUCAAAGAAAUGGCAACUCUUGGUGUUGUACCAGACGUUGUCACGUUGAGCUCAUUAAUCGAUUCCCUUUGCAAGCACAGAAGGACAAAGGAAGCUAGAGAAAUUUUUGACUCUAUGGCUGCAAAGGGCCUGAAACCUAAUAUCGUCUCCUACUCUACUAUGCUUAAUGGGUAUGUCAAAGAAGGAUCCUUCGAGGAUAUGACUGAUCUCUUCAAUUCAAUGGUACGGAAUGGUAUUGUACCUGACCACCAUAUUUUCAACAUACAGAUCAAUGCAUAUGCUAAACGUGGACUGAUGGAUGAGGCUAUGCACAUGUUCGAAGUAAUGAGGCAACAAGGAGUAAACCCGGAUGUAUUUGACUAUCAAAUCAUAAUGGAUUCACUUUGUAAAAUGGGUAGGAUGGAUGCUGCUCUGGACAAAUUUAAUCAGAUGGUCAAUCAAGGAGUUUCACCUAACAAAGCUGUUUACCAAUGCCUGGUUCUGGGUUCUUGCUCUCAUGGUGAUUUUGUGAAAGCCAAGGAAUUGAUUUCUGAAGCGGUUAAUAGAGGUCUGUGUUCUAACAGUGUGUUCUUCUAUCCUGUAAUAAACGACCUUUGCAAAGAAGGAAAGGUAAAGGAGGCACAGGAUAUGUUUGACUUCAUCCUAGGUAUUGGUCAGCGGCCUGAUGUGAUUAUGUACACUUCACUGAUGGAUGGAUAUUGCCUUGUUGGCAAGGUGGAGAAAGCACUGAGUGUACUCGAUGCUAUGAAAUUUGCUGGCCUUCAACCUGAUGAUGUUGUAUAUGGUACACUUCUUAACAGUUACUGUAAAAUUGGAAGGAUUGCCGAUGGAUUGAGCCUUUUCAGGGAAAUGUCACUCAGCGGGGUUAAGCCCACGACUAUUAUAUACAACAUUAUACUGGAUGGGCUGUUUUGCUCUGGGAGAACAGGUUCUGCAAAGGAAAAAUUCCAUACGAUGACUGAAAGUGGCAUACCAGUAGGCGUUGACACAUACAACAUAGUUCUUAGUGGACUUUGUAGAAACAAUUGCACUGAUGAAGCAAUAGAACUGUUCAAGAAACUACGUGCAACGAACGUGAAGAUUGAUGUCAUGACACUCAAUAUCAUGAUUUCUGCAAUGUUUAAAACUAGGAGAAUUGAAGAAGCCAAGGAUUUGUUUGCUACUAUAUCAGCCAUUGGAUUGGUGCCUUCUGUUGUGACUUACAGUUUAAUGAUGACGAAUUUCAUAAAAGAAGGGUUGUUGGCAGACGCUGAUGAUACCUUUUUGGUAAUGGAGAAAGCUGGCUGUGCUCCCAACUCCAGUCUGCUAAAUCAGGUGGUCAGGGUGUUGCUGGAAAAAGGUGCAGUUUUAAAGGCUGCAACUUAUCUCGCUAAACUUGAUGCUAAACAGCUGUCAGUUGAAGUUUCAACGAUUUCGUUAAUAGUAUCUCUCUUCUCAGGGGAAGGGAAACUAAGGGAGCAUGUAGAGUUGCUUCCAGUAAAGUACCAGCCUCCUCAGAGUUCGGCUGACAAUUGAAAGAGUAUACUUGAACUUCGUACUGAAAAACAAGGUGGUAAAUCGAAGUAACAAGCCUGACUCCUGAGGGUCAUAUGAGUUUCCCCCUUUUUCUGAUGAAGAAAGUGUAACUCUGAUUUAGAAUAUUUGGAUAUCUGUCACACAUUACAUAUUUACCAGCAUCCAAGUUUGUGGCAAAGUACUUAGCCACUUGCCUAUGGGAAUGCCCAAUCUCCGCGUUUAUGCAUUCAUGCCGCAAGAAGGCGUGACCAAGGAGUGCAACACAAACCAGAUAUAAAAUAGUCUGUUUAAUAACUGUGAGAUGGUUGAUGCACUGCUUACGCUCUCUGUUGAUGAUACUUACUAUUUUAUUCACUCUUAAAACUCCAACUAAGCUAUGAUCUCUCUCUUCAUAAUUUUACAGAAAGUUAGGUUGCUCUAGAUUAAAUGCUUGCAUUUUUGAAAUUUCAGCAAUCGUUGCUCGUAAACCCAAUUUGUCACCAGUGAUAUCCUGGUUACUUUCAGUUAUACCUCUCUCAACAGUGGUGCUAAUUUUUUCUGUGAAGCGUUAGGUGUGUUAGGAACUGUGUUUUCAUCUAAAAUCUAGUUGCCUGCGCUAAUGCACUUUAGUUAGUAAUCUGAUGUUCUGUGCUAAGCAUGCUUUGAAGAUGAGAAGCGUUAAGCUACUCCCAGGAACUGCUGACUGUAAAAAUACAUUGCAGACGCCUAGGUCUCUCCGGUAAGAAAUAUUUACGUUUAUUCAUUGUAUUGACUAACUGACUAAUCAUGAACAGAGCAUGAAGGAUCAGCGCUGUACUGCCAUUGGGAUUCUCAUCUCAGAAAUAUUUGUCAUGGUGCAUUCUAGGGUGUUGACUGUUGCAUUCUAGACAUUUUUUAGAUAAAAAGUUGUGCAAUACGGAGGCCUCCAAUGGAAGCACACAUUUACACAUAUUCUGCAUGGUCAUGAUCAGUCAGUCAGUCAGUCAAUACUCAAUACCAGCAGGUGUAAAAGUAGCUCCUUUGGUUGCAACAUCAGGCGUGCUGUUGAUCAGGAACGUUUAAAUAAAGUACCGUUGCGCUAAUGAAACAAGCAAAUCAGAGUGGCGCAGCGGAAGCGUGGUGGGCCCAUAACCCACAUGUCCCAGGAUCGAAACCUGGCUCUGAUAUUAAUUCUGUUUUUCUAUUUCUUUUCUGGUCUGCAUCAUCUAGAUUUUUCUCUGAAAAAUAUUGUAGUUUCUUGUUGCAGAGACGGAUGCGUGGAAGGAAAUGACAUUGGAGUUUUUCAUGUAUACAAUUAUGCUUGAAGAAGAACAUGGUUCAAAAGGUGUUUAAACGAAGGCACCAGAAAGAGUACUCUCUUAUCACUCUUGAUUCUUACAGAUGUCAAUCCUUGAUAGUUACCUUGUUUUUUUGAGGGAAUCCUUGAUGUUGUGGAUCAAGGGCAUUGUAAUUUGUUAACUCAGGUGU